AUGAUUUUUAAAGCACGCAAAGCCCUAGAUGAUGAAACCUCAAAAAUUGAUUUUACAAAACUGCCAGAUGAGGUGAUGAGGGAAAUCUUAGUUGGCAUCAACACCAAUGAUUCAUCCAACCCGACGAAAUUGAACCCGACGAAGUUGAACUAUUACAAUGCAUUUGUCAGGUACCUGACCAGACUGGGUGGUCACAUCAGCCUCUCCAUGCCCACAGCUGAUGUUCUAAUAUGCCUUCAGCAGGGUCUUUUCAGCAAAUGGAAGGAACUGAGGAUUGGGGCGUUGCGUUCACUGAGAUACUUCUGUGACUGUCGGGCCACUGUCGGAAUCAUCUUCAACUUGAAACUCCACUACCUCAUUGUCAGACCAACAACAAUGAGAUCGAGGUUGUUAUCUUCCAGUUCAACACUCUCUCCAUCUAUGCUCUCAGAUUUGAGUUUACUUUUAAGAGGGGUGAUAGCCAUUGCUGACGACGGUUUUGAGGGCAAAGACAAAUUAUUCAACAUCUGUUUGUCCACCAUUUGUGAAUUAGCAAUACUCGACCCCGAAAUGACUUUCGAACUUGGAGGGGUGACCACUAUUUUGAGGGCUGUCCAACAUUUUUAUGGCCACCCGCACAUCAACGAGGCUCUUGUAGAGGCCAUCUUGAAUUUUUUCAACUUCCCCCAUUCUAGGUCCCUGGUUCGAGCCGAUUACGAUUUAGAGUACAUGCUCGCCCCGUUCACUGACCUUCAAUAUGUGGCUGACGAGAUUGAUGUCAAGGACAGAUUCAAGUAUGUAUCGUGUUUGCAUUUCUUAUUUGUUUUUGUCAUAUUUUUUAUUUAA